AUGAAUAAAACUGUCGACGAUCUGGUUCUAGCUCCUUUCAGAGAUAUUGUGGCUCAUGGGGAAGCCGCUAUCAACAACGCGGAGGACAGUGGAGAUGGUGAAAUGCUCAGAGCUGCCCAAAUCCUCGUGAAAGAGGGAGAGCGAGCUCUCAAAAAGAUAGAGCCAGUAUGCCGGAAAGGUCACGACGAGUAUGGUCUGGAUUUUGUGGAUGCAUUGAUGGACAAUGGGCCUAUAUCUGAGCUCACAGAGGAGCUCAGUGAUUUUCUUUAUGAUUUUGAGGAUUAUGUGGAAGCCGACAGCUUCGAUGCUCGCAGGUUCUCAGAGCUGUACACACUGUCUCGGAAGGCCGCACCGCGAAUUCUCCAUGUCAUCACUCGCAUGAAGCUCGAAUCACCACAAUUUCAGGACAGUACAACGUCUCCGGUGAUUGAAACCAUAUCACCGUACGCGGAAUCGCCGUUGCCGUACCCUGAGGGCCCCGAAGCAGAUGGACAAAUACACGAUGCAUUACGCCAUGUGGCCAAGCUGGACAGGACACUUGAAGAAACGCCGGCAGGGGCAUUUGCGGUGCUGCCCUACCCUGAAGAGGAAGCCUCCACUGGGAGUUCCACAGUAGUCUCCAGCCAGGGUUCUGUCUCGGACCACCGUCGUGAGAGACAGUCCUAUGUUGACAUGGUACCGCCUCUCUUCGCGCGCUCGAAUGCCGAGUCCUCGGGAUUGCCAGUCAAUAGUAGCCCGAGCGUGCUGGCGAAUACUAGGCAAGAUGUGCCUGACGGGUUGAUUCCGGUGGACGGCGAAACCACCGCACAUGCCCCUCCCCUUCGACCGCCGCCGCCUAUACCAGAAGAUUGCAGCGUGACUCUGAACAGUUCGUUCUACCAAUUUAAGGGGUUUUGUCAAGGUUCCAUGGAUAUAAUACAAGGUGGCCCUGGGGUCAGGAGAAUAAAGAAGCAGGGCCUUUCCGGGGGGUUCAAAGAAGUCGCCAAGUGCAAAUCGUGUCCGUUCGAACUUGAAUGGGCGGCUGUGGAGAAAGAUCUGAACAAGGAGCCGAGCGAGAACUUCAAAUCAGCUGGGAUCGGCUUCCGCCUCCGGUUUCUCUCCAAGAGCCACAUGCCAGCUAAGCACGUUGGUGAUCAGGUCUAUGGAUGCCUCUUCUGCAUUCAGCUUGGGCGUACAACCCAACCUAACGACGCGACGGUCUUCUUCAGCCAGAAGCAGAUUUUCCACCACCUUGCGCGGCACCCACGGCCGUUGCCUCACGUCCCAGGCCUCACGGUCGUCGAGGACGCCGACAUAGGGCCUUAUGCAGACAACUACGAUCUGCAUUUCUUGAUUAUGCCACUUAAGUCACAUCUUGCAACCAUUAUGCGUGACCUGGCCGUCCUGCCAACGGCCACUGCCAUGCAGACUUACAGGCCCACACCAACAAGCAGUAUCAAGAGACCAACAGACGGACAAGAAGUUGUGAAUUUCGCCUCCGGUGCAAAGAUACUUGGUGUAAUAUUUCCUGACCGGUACCAAGGGGAGUGGUGUCUCGGAUGGUCAGAUCACCAAUACGCGGCAUUUCCAGCGGAUACUGUCAAACUCGACGAGCCAAAGAAGAAUGAUACACGAUUGCAGGGAUCGAGCAGCAUGCGUGCAAUAGCAAGGUGGAAGUUUUCGGCCCGGGGAAAGUCGAGCGAGUGGCUCUCAUUUAGCAAGGGAGAGAUCAUCACAAAUAUUGGCUAUUCUCACCAGGAGCACUGGUGCUGGAGCGGAACGAACUCGAAAGGGAGGACGGGAAUAUUCCCACGGUCUCAUGUUGAGCCCGGCUCACUAGUGGAGUUCACACCGGAAUCAGACCGGUCGAGUUUCGUUAGCCGUGAGAAGAAGGCUGGGCUGCUUUCGCGGAUAUCCACGCGGCACCGGAGCAGUGCCUCCGGAGGUUUUGGCCUCUCGCCGCGAGGGUCUAUCUAUUGA